CUGCCAUAAGCACUUCAAGCCAGCAGGAUCGGCAGUGACGAGCCGCAGUGCCUCAUGAACGGGCAGUGGGAGGUAGGGAAGACUUGCGAGCCCAUCUACUGCGCCGACUACGGGGAGGUCAAGAACGGCAUGGUCAGCACGCACGACUACGUCCGAGCAGGGACGAGGGUGCAGAUCACCUGCCACAGGUGGUACCAGCCAGCUGGGCUCGAGUCGGGGGGCCGCACAGACCCCAUGUGCCUGGACUCUGGGCAGUUCGAGCAGGGGGUAGUCUGUGUGCCGAAGCCUUGCCCGGUCGACUCGCACGACUGCCCGCAGCAGGGAGUGGUGACGUCAGAAGGGAUACAGCCGCACGUGUCCAAGGCGCAGGAGAGAGACUACGAGCAGCAGCUGCAGGUGCCGAUGCAGCACGACUACAACCCCAACGUGUUCGACCAGGAGCCGCGUCCUUACUCCCUCGACAUCCCUCUGGAUGGGGAGGACACGCUGCUGCGGCCCGUGGACUCUCGUCGGGUGAAGUGGAGAGACACGACAAGGAGCUGGACCAAGUGGGACGACGCUCCCAACUCGUGGGACGAUUCCUCGGGGCAGUGGUACGCUGACGAGCGGUCCCCUGGAGCUGGAGCAGGACAGUACGUGGAAGAGGGAGACGGGAAGUAGGCAAGGUGUUCAAUGAAGACAGGAGGUGAGGAAGUGAGAGAGUCCUGCUUUACAAACCACAGAAUACAUACAAGGAUUCCUUCC